GGCCUGCACGGCGGGCCAGGCCCGGAGGAGUGGACGGAGGAGGCAGCCAGCGAGGGGCCCCCGGAAUCCCGCGCGGCAGAUCAUACUGGUCCCAAGUUUGACAUUGAUAUGUUGGUUUCACUUCUGAGGCAAGAAAAUGCAAGAGACAUUUGUGUGAUCCAGGUUCCUCCAGAAAUGAAAUAUACAGAUUACUUUGUGAUUGGUAGUGGGACUUCUACCCGACACUUACAUGCCAUGGCCUACUACAUCGUGAAAAUGUACAAAUUCCUAAAAAGUAAAAGUGAGCCUCAUGUGAAGAUUGAAGGGAAGGACACUGAUGACUGGCUCUGUGUGGACUUUGGCAGCAUGGUGAUCCAUUUGAUGCUUCCAGAGACCAGAGAAACUUACGAACUAGAGAAGUUAUGGACCCUACGUUCUUAUGACGACCAGUUAGCUCAGAUAGCACCUGAAACAUUACCUGAAGAUUUCAUUCUUGGAAUAGAAGAUGACACUUCAUCCCUGACUCCAGUGGAGUUCAAAUGUGAAUAAAAUACUGUUUUAGUCAUUUCACAUUGAGAUUGAGUCCCUUCUUAAAAAAUAGCUCCUAACCCCCACCUUAUUGGUAAGUUAUUGUCGAAGUCUUAUUUGACUAUGGGUACUCAUGCUGACUGACAUCAGGAUGUGGAAAUUGCAGGUAAAGGAGCGUCAACUACAGUUUUAAUAUGUUGUCUUUGUUCCUGAGAUCCCAGCAGGAAAUCCUGGAGUUAUCACUGGUCCCUGCACUUCACUUGAGGUCUCUGCUCAGAUUUUAGUUAAUUUUGCUUAAGUGUAAGUAUUAUGUAGAAUGGAAUAGCUAACAUUUAAAAAAAUAAAGCAAAAGACCCAUAACUA